AUGAAGACAAGCAAAGAAGCUGUCAGAGGCCUUGGCCGAGGUGUCAGCAUGAACACUCUGAGAGAUGGUGACCAGAGCUUGACCCACAAUUGUUGUCGGUGUCACAAUAAAGCAAAGAAGUCCAGACUGAGGCAUCUGCAUGAGAGCACCUUAAACUUAGGUGACAUGGCACCCUGCUACACCACCACCCACAAACAGAAUUAUUCUGGACGGUCAGCUGACGGACGUCCUCUUAUCUUCUAUCUGAGAGAUCCCAGCUUCCCCUCGCAGCAUCAGAGUCAGCUAGAUCUCAGCAACGACACCUCACCUCUGCAGUGCCCGCUGCAGUCACACACUCGAGACGUGCACAGGCCCAUGCACACCGCUCCUAGGGCCAACCCAAAGCUGGAAAACUGGACUCGGUAUCGCAGUGGCCAGGACGUCAGAGAGAUCACCAACCCACAGGAUCCAUCUGAGUACUGGACCACCUACAAAACAGAGCACAAACUCCAAGUAACUGACGGCUCGCCAAAGCUGGCCGGUGGGAGGCCAACGCAGUGGCACCAGCACAACAUACUGACGGGUGAACAGAAGCAGACAGAAGGUCCAGGGAGACCCAUCAGGCGGUCCAGAGACGAGCUGCUGCGGGCAGCCAGGCGCUGGGAGACAGACUGCUGUGCACUCAGACUCUACUGA